AUGUCAAUACGCCGUAAAUAUGGGGUCUAGAUAGAUAUCUAGUAGAUAUCCAAGUCGUAUCUGACAGAGUCACAGACAAAGAAAGGUGGCAUACGGAGUAUCUAGCAUGCGUAGGCUUAAGGCUAGUAGGAGUCCUUCUCCAUCUGUAACGGCCAAUCCUGGGGGCGGAACUGCCUGCUUGACGCCGUGGUAUCACCAGUCGCGACCCUUGUCUAUUACUUUAGACUCUGUUGGAGGCUUGGCCGCUUGGGGCUGUUCCCCAACCCCACCUGCAAGGGCCUGCAGAGUGCAGACAUGCAGGACUGUCGAGAUACACAGUACUAUGUGUCACAGUGUAUGUACGGAGUCGCAGUGUGUCAAAAUUGGAUAUGAUCCAUCUACCGGUAGGUUAGUGAGUAUAGCAGCCGUUUUCGUUCUGGGGCUCCGGCUCCGGCUCGGGCAGGAGAGGAACAAAGAGAAAAAAAAAUUAUCUUACAUUUUCCAGAACACGAAGGAAGGCCCAAAGAAACUCCCAAGAAAAUUCGAAGAAUGCCGAUUUGCCCCCCGUUGGAACUUCAACUUCGAACAUCGAACAUCGAACAGCGAACAGCGAACAGCAAGGGCGCCUGGGACUGGGACUGCGAGCCGGACCAGCCCAACCCUUGCGGCCUCCACUGAUGAGGGGGGCUUCCAUUCGGCCCGCCCGUACACAGGCUAGCCAGUCAGUGGCCACUGGCCACGCCGAGGGAACAGUGGCUUGCGUGGGGUCAAGUGUGUGUGGCAUUAGCGCUGGCGGGGCGAGUGGGGUGACGAGGGAGUCCAGCCAGUCCACUCGGAGAGUCCAGCCAGGUCAGCCAGUCCAGCCCGUCCAGAAGGUCCUCGGAGUGGGUAGUACAGCCCCACCCCAUCCACCGAGUCCGUACACCCACGCACCCCCAACCGGAGGGCCACACAGUGACGGGCCAAUCACGAUUGCGGGCGCCGAGCAACGUGUUGCCCGUUUGGUCUUGGCGGGCUGGAUGCGGUGCUC